GCGUGUGCGCGCGCGCGCGUGUGUGUGUGUCUCUCAUCUCCAGUCAUUUAAAAACACGCAUCGCCUUGAAGUUACCGCUGCGUCCGUCCGGUAUAUGUACUCCGCUAUCGCGUGAAGUUGCCGGUACGCACAUCGUCUGCAUGCAAAUUGAACGUGCGCGCGCGCGAGUUCGUGAUCAUUUUUCCUGCCGGCGAUCCUCUCCUACUCGCGAUCAGUGCCAGUCGCGUGCGGAAUUCGUAUCCGAGAGUUCAAGGAAAGAGCACGCCGUCCCCUUUCCUUUCUCGCUCGCCUCGCUUUACGUCGUCAUCAGGUUGUCGUUCUACGUUGUUCGAGAUAAGACAAAAAAUCAUCCGUUCCCGGCUUCCGUUUACACGACGUGAUCAGGCUGGUGUGCGCGUCGCCACCGCACGGGGUGCCUGGCAUGGAGUGAUCUGCUCGCCGCCGUGAGUCUUCCCACGCAGCACGAUCGGCCCAGGAUUCUUCGAAGAUGACGAGCAGGCACGCGGAACGAGCCGUCGCCGCUCGGGAGGAAUGCGGAGAUCGAGGAUAUCUGAGACGACCGAUGGGGUUGCCCAGGAAGCGAACGACUCUGCUGGUGAUUUGUCUUUUGGCCACUUGUACGGCGGGUAACAACGUGAACGAGCCACCUAUCCUGGAAGCUGGGGGAUACCCUACGGGCUUACCACUCUCGGAAUCGACCAAGGUCGGGACGGAAGUAUUCGUCCUGAAGGGCCACGAUCCCGAAGGAUCGCCAGUGAAAUAUGGCAUACAACUCACGGACCAUUUCGUCGUCAACCCGCGUACCGGUGUCAUCACUUUGGCGAAGCCACUCAAUCGCGAGGAGAACGAUACAAUACGUUUUCGCGUGACUCUGGAGGACGAGGUACCCGCAGGACAGCAGCCGAACAUCGUCGGUGUGGACGCUUAUGUGAUUGUACUGGAUGAAAACGAUAAUCCGCCGCACUUCCUGGGUGUGCCAUAUGAGGCAGUCGCCGAGGAGGACACCCCGGUCGGCUCCACCAUACUUCCGGGCAUCAGGGUCGUGGACCCUGACCUGCUGGGCGACAUUAUAGAUCUAACGUGCGUCCCGCAGCCACAGUUUCUGGAUGCCUGCGAGAAGUUCGGCAUCGUUAACGUCGAGAGAAGCCAGAACACGUAUGUGGGCGCCCUGGUGUUGCGGCAACCCCUCGACUACCGGGAGAGGCCUUUCUAUCAACUACUGCUGCGAGCGAGCGAUGGCCUGAACAAUGGUACCACCGGCGUUGAGAUCAAGGUGGCGGACAUUCAGAAUAGUCCGCCAGAAUUCUUGGAUUCCUUAACAGGCGUGGUGCGUGAGGACGAUCCUAUCGGGACCCUCGUGAUGACCGUAAAGGCCCGAGAUGGUGACAGAGGCAUGCCUCGAAAGAUGAUCUAUGAAUUAGUCACUAAUCCAUUUGAUUAUUUCUUGCUGGACGAUGACACGGGCGAGCUGAGAACGGCAAAGCCGUUGGACAGAGAAGCGUUGGAGAACUCGACGGGAGUGCUCACGCUAAUUGUGAAGGCCCGCGAACUGAUCGACGGUAUACCCGGGAACGACAAAUUGACGGUAUCGAUGGCCGAGGCGACCGUGACGAUUAAGGACGUCAAUGACGAGCCGCCCACGUUUAAUCGGCGCGAAUACAACAUCGAGAUCCCGGAAAAUGUGCAGGACGGCACGCCAUUGCCGCAUCUGGACAUGACUGUAAAAGAUCCGGAUAUGGGUUUAAACUCCGUAUUCUCUUUGCGAUUGGAGGAUAUAACGGGUGCGUUCACCGUGGAGCCCGUCUUGGCGACUGGUAGCACAUCCGUAAACAUCCGCGUUACAAAUGGCUCGCUUGAUUACGAAAACCCUAAUCAACGGAAAUUCAUUAUCCUGGUCGUUGCCGAGGAAGCCCACACGAACCCGAAACUCUCGUCUACGGCGACGGUAACGAUCUCUAUCACGGAUGCAAACGACAAUGCUCCUUCCUUCGGAAGCCCCACGUACACAGCUACAGUGUCCGAGACGGCGGCCCCAGGGAGCCCAAUUAUAACGAUUACGGCGAAGGAUCGCGACAGCGGGCGCUUCGGUACCGCUGGCAUAGUCUACCAAUUACUUGGCCAGGGCGCAGAGCACUUUGCGAUCGACAAGAAAACCGGCACCAUCACCGUCGCACCUUGCCCGACGCCCGGCACUUCGCCCUGUCUGGAUUACGAGCAACAGACGGAGUACUUUCUCACUUACAAAGCGACAGAUGAUAAUGGAGAAGGACAGACAACGAGCGUUUCGUUGCGCAUCAGUCUAGUAGAUGCGAACGAUAGUCCGCCGCGUUUUUUACAGGACAAGUAUCGUGCGGUAGUGGAUGAAGGUGCAGAGAAAUUCGAACCCGAGCUGAAGGUUCAGGCGCGCGACAAGGACAAGACAUCCAAGAUCACGUAUGCUCUGGUGGGUGGUAACGAACUCGGCUUGUUCGCUGUCGAUCCGGAUACUGGCGAGAUCACCAUCAAGAGCCCGGUUGACAUGACCAACGCCACCCACGAUUGGAUCGGUCUAACUAUACAGGCGAGCGACGGCAUAUUCGUCGACUCCGCGCUCGUCAACAUCACCGUCCGCGACGUUAACAACAACGCGCCUAUGUUCCCGCACGAUAUAUACACGGCCAGCAUCGCGGAGAUAUCGCCGAUCGGAACUGUCGUGGAAGAGGUAACCGCGACGGACGCCGACAGCGGAGUUAAUGCGGAGUUAGUUUACAGAAUACAGAAAGGAGCUUUCGACGAUUUCACCAUCAACGAAACCACCGGCGUCGUCACAGUAUCCCGAAAAUUGGAUUACGACGAGAAGAACACGUAUCAUGUAGAAGUCAUAGCAUUCGACAAAGGAACACCGAGCCUGACAGGAACGACGACGCUGAUGAUCGAAGUGGAGAACAGUAAUGAUAAGGCACCGUAUUUUACGCCCGAAACGCAGUUGGCUGAAGUUACAGAGGAUACGCCAAUCGGCACCGUUUUCACAACAUUGAAAGCCACAGAUCCGGACAGCACGAAUCUCGAAGCUUUGAACUUCGCUAUUUCCGAGCCAAUCACCGCUAUUGAUAGAAAUGGUCAACGCGUCAACGACAGCAAAUCUUUUAAGGACUUCUUCGCAGUCGAUCGCGCUACCGGACAGGUUUCUGUCGUUCGAGCUUUGGAUCGUGAUAUAGCAGCAACGGUAAGCGUUACGAUUGUCGUAAGCGAUACCACGGCACCUACAUUGCAGCAGGGACGAGGUAAGUUGGUAGUUACUAUUAUCGACGUGAAUCACAUGGCGCCAGAAUUUCUAAAGCCGUGGACUCGAGAAAGUCCACGGUAUCUGAUAGAAAUGCAAGAGGAGCAACCCACUGGUGCUGUCGUGGGUGCUUUCACGGCAACAGACGCUGACAGUAACAUAGCGGGAUACGCCAUCGAUCCGCCAAGCCCUUACUUCAAUAUUGAUAAUAUUACUGGAAUUGUAAGAACUAGUCAAGUGAUCGAUUAUGAAGAGACAAAGCAGUUGGAAUUCACGGUGGUCGCUUAUGAUUCCGGAGUACCUCAACUUUCCACAACUGCAAAAGUUACCGUUACUGUGAUUAACGUGAACGAUCAAGAUCCAAAGUUUGAGAAGGAGCUAUAUAACGCGUCAGUGAAAGAGAAUUCUCCGCCUGGCACUCGCGUUACCAUUGUGAAAGCUACGGAUGGUGAUGAGGGACCUUUUGGUGAUAUCAGUUACAGUCUAAUUGGAGAACACGCUGCUGACUUUAAUAUCGGACAUGAAACCGGAGAGAUUACUGUAGGCGGUGCUACAGUUCUCGAUAGAGAAGUGACGCCGGAAAUCACUAUAACGGUGAUGGCCAGCGACGGCGCCCAUAUAAAUUCUCGACGAAGCACCACCGUGCCGGUGGUUGUCAAGUUAAUUGACGAGAACGAUAAUAGACCAAUAUUCUCACAACACAGUUACAGAGCUUCUGUCGCGGAGAAUUUGUCCGUUAAUCCGCCGGCACCUAUCUUGCAGGUACGAGCGGCAGAUCAGGACGAAGGAACAAACGGCGAAGUCUGGUAUACAAUCAUCAAUGGGAACGAGAAUGAGUCGUUUUCACUAAAUCGUGAAACUGGCAUCCUGUACCCCGCAGCCGCCCUCCUCGGCAGAGCUGGUUCUUACAGAAUCGAGGUCGAAGCACGUGACGGCGCCGGAAGUGGUCCACACUCAGACAGAUGUUAUGUCGACAUAAGAGUCACACCUGUGAAUCAGCAUAAACCGCAGUUCGUAAUGCCAGAAUUGACAAACGCGACCGUGGAAGUGCCAGAAAAUGCAGGUGUGCCGAAUUAUCUAAUAUUAACUGUAAAAGCAAUCGACAGAGAUCCUGGCGAGAAUGGCCGUGUUAGCUAUCAUUUGAAAAUCGGUAAUAGAAACGUUCAAGAAACUGAAGAAUUUUCUAUAGACCAAGAGACUGGCGAACUUCGAUCGAAGAUCAUUCUCGAUCGCGAGAUCAAGAGCAAAUUUGAACUUGUUCUUGUGGCAGCCGAUCAUGGCAGCCCUACAGCAUACGAAACACUUCGUUUAUUAACAGUUCAAUUAGUUGAUACAAAUGAUAAUGUGCCGCAAUUCUACGAGGAAUAUAAUUUCCAUGUAUCCGAGAAUCGACCAAAGGAUUAUUUCAUUGGCAAAGUUACAGCGGAGGAUAAAGACGAAGGCAGACAUGCCAAGGUUUAUUAUUACAUAGAAGCAGGAAACGAAGGAUACGCCUUUUACAUGGACAAAUCUGAUGGCAGUAUCUACGCAAACAAAUCAUUUGAUCGCGAGACAAGAGAUAAAUAUGUUCUUUCUAUUCUUGCGUCCAAUGAUCCCGAUCUUUACAUCAAUCCUGCACAAUCCGGCCGACCGUUGACUCACAAUCCAGAACACGGACACGUGAAUAUAACAAUAGCUGUGUUGGAUGAAAACGAUAAUCCACCCAUCUUUGAGCGCAAUGAUUAUUAUGCCGGUGUGAAUUCUAUGGCGAACAUAAAUGACUUUGUGACUAAAGUAACUGCCUCCGAUUUGGAUGUCGGAGACAACGGUACUCUCCAUUACUAUGUCGCUAGCGCGAAUCUUUACAAAUAUGGCUCGGAAAAGCCGAGCGGCUCGAUAGUGCCAAGCCCAUUCAACGUCACGCAGGAUGGUAAACUCGUUACGAGCGGAUACAUGGCGGAAUACAAUCAAGACAGAUUUAUUGUCGAAGUUAUCGCCAAGGAGACAGCCAUUCCAGAAAGAUACGCGAUGACGAGAGUUCAUGUAUGGGUGUUUGAGCCAUCUCAAUUAAUACGAGUCAUAUUGUCCCGGCCUCCGGAGGAGGUGAAUAGCGAACGCGACGAGAUUGUUUCAGAGUUAUCCAAUGCUACACAAAGCAGAGUCGUAGUGGAUGAUAUUAGAUAUCAUGUUGACGCUUCUGGACAUAUCCGCAGAGAAUGGUAAUUACAUGUUGUCGAACCGAAAACUCAAACUAUCGCGCCGA